AUGCUGCGAUGUAACGCUACUGUGCCACCAGGAGCUUCUCUCCGACCCGCGCUGGUGGUGUUCAAGGACCUGCAGUCCGAGAACGCGCACGCGAUACCCGACAGCGCUGCCUGCGCGCGAGCUUCUUCCCGGCAAAAUGGAGGAGGUCCGCAUGGAGGACAAGGUCUGUGGAGACCUGCGCCUGCUGUCCGUGAAGACGACGGCCACCCUCUGCAGACCAACAUGAGUUUCGCUGCCACGGUCGUGGUCAAUGGCCUGGGCCACGGCGUGGUCACGGAGAUCUGCAAGAUUCAGCAGUCGGUGCAGGACGCGUCCAAGGGCGAGGAGAACACGCUGAUAACGGACGACGUCGAGGAGAUCGUCGGCAGCGCCGUCUGGACCAUCAACUACAAGAACGUAUCCGACCCCAUCUACGGCUCGGUGCUGAAGCGAACCUACUUAACACCUGAGCGACGCGGAUCCGCUCAUGCGUAG